AGGGAUGCAGCCCAGAGGAUUUCAGCUCUCCCCAGAUCUGGAGUGGAAAUGCAAAGAGGAGUCUGGGUCUCUCAUGUCUACACUCCUAACACCCUCUUUUCCACUCCAGAUGGGCCCCUAGGCUGGGAGGAUUGAAGGAAGGAGGAGGAGGCAGUGAGAUGCAGAGGUGUCCUGAUGUUCUCCAGAACUUCCCGUCGCAGAGGUGGGAUGGGGAGUCCGCGGCUUCCCUGAACCACUGAAGCCAUCCCCUGAAGCCCCUGCAGCUUCUGAUGUAGAAGAGAAAGCACCCCAGCUUCUUCAAGGGGGUUUGUGCACUCUAGGAGGUGCCCGGAGCUGCCCUCCACGUCCACCCAGGUGGACCCUCCAAGAAGCAGGACAAGACACAGGCCUCUGGGCACGAGACCCAUUGUGGCAACAUAUAUCUUGAUCCUUCCUGUGCCAAAACCAGUGCUGGGAGUUGUUGAAACCCGGAUUCUGCCCAAGCCCUUCCCGGCUUGGCUGCUUUUCGUAGAUCCACUGAGUUGGUUUAAAGACCGAUCAUCUUCUCGGCUGCAGAAACUCAGCUCCGGGGCGUGGGGAGCCCCAAAUCCAUCGCCCUAAGAAGAGAGCAAGGAGAGGUCCAGCGCAGUCAGGCGUGAGCAGGGCUGUCAGAUCCUGACGAGGUCUCACCAGCAUCACCUGGGGGGUCUCUAAGUUUUCAGACAAGAAAGCGGGUGUAAACCAGAACGUCCUCGGCCCUCUGGAGUCUCCAGCCUCCCCCCCUGGAAUCCUGCUUUAGGGAUCAAAAAUACUGCUGGCUAUUUUUAAAGUGGUAACUUAGAGCUUCUGUUGGGCUCCCAGGGACGGAUCGGGUUGUCGUAAAGUUCAGCUGUUUUCGGCUCGCACCAAAGCCAGUCCCCCGGCGUUAGCAGACUCGGUUCCCUUUUUUUUUUCUCUCCUGUCUCCUUCCACCAAUGCUUCUAGCUGGCAGGUGAGACCGGGAAGUCAGGACCAGAGCAGCACAAAUGGCAGGGCUGAGGUUCACCAAGGUGAGCUGGUGAGAGGGGCAAGAAGAAACAGCAGGUGACUGCCCCGUCACUUGUUCUGGAUGGAUUGGAAUGGGGAAAUCGGCCCGUAGCAUGAGCCCAUGGUACCUGGGAAGCACCUGCUUCAUCCUUAGGGCACUUUUCCUCCUCCUCUUCUGCCGAUAUGUGUCAUCCCAGUGCAAGAUCCUGCGAUGCAACUCGGAGUACGUGGCUGCCACUCUCAACCUACGUGGCUCCAACAAGAACGCAGCCUACUGCAACGCCCUACGCUCCUACUCCCACUGCACUCGCAAGACGGCUCGCACCUGCCGGGGUGACCUGGCCUACCACUCCGCUGUCCAUGGCAUCGAGGACCUCAUGAUCCAAAACAACUGCUCCAAGGAAGGACCCACCUCGCCACCUCGGCCUCGCCUGCCAGCCCCCAACCACCAGGGUUUCGAGUCUCUGGAUAUCUGCAACUACGAGAAGAAUUUCUUCCACAAGAAUGGCCGGCCCCCAGCUUAUCAGCACUGUGCAGCAUUCGGGGACCCUCACAUCAGGACUUUCCAUGAUGACUUCCACACCUGCCGGGUAGAGGGCUCCUGGCCUCUCCUGGACAAUAACUACCUGUUUGUGCAGGCAACGAGCUAUCCAGUGGCCAAGGGGUCCAAUGCCACUGUUACUAGCAAGCUCACCAUCAUCUUUAAGAACAUGAAGGAGUGCAUUGACCAGAAGGUUUACCAGGCUGAGAUAGACAACCUGCCUGCAGCCUUCGAGGAUGGCUCGGUGAAUGGUGGUGAGAGGCCUGGAGGGAGCAGCCUGACCAUCCAGGAGCGACUGCCUGGCCAGCACGUAGAGAUCCGUGCCGUCUAUAUUGGCACCACCAUCGCCGUGCGCCAGGCAGGCCGGCAGCUCUCAUUCUCCAUCCGCACAGCGGAGCAGGUGGCACGCUCCUUCACAGAGGAGCAGGACCUGCAGCUCUGCGUCGGCGGCUGCCCGCCCAGCCAGCGCCUCUCCCGCAGCAAAUGUCGGCAUGGCAGUAUUGCUGUGGAGAUGGCACGAGUGCUGUGCAAGGAAAAGUUGCCGGUGGAGGACGUUUAUUUCCAGUCGUGCGUCUUUGACGUGGUGACCUCGGGGGACAUCAACUUCACCUUGGCUGCACAUGGUGCUUUGGAGGAUGCCAGGGUGUUCCAUCCAGAUGCUGAGAAACUGCACAUCUUCCAGACUGGGGCAGGCUGCCAUCACCUCUCCUUACCCUUCCUCAGCAUCACAUCUAGCCUCUUGGCUAUUCAGUUGCACUUUUAACUCCCUGUCCAGCAUUCACCCAGCCUACAUAUAACACAAGGGGCCUAUUCUUCCAUCUCAAUGCAAUUGCUAGAGCAUUGCUGAUCCACGAAUCUAUAGGUGCUCUAUAACAAACCGGUGGUGGGACAGACAUCAACCAGAAGGGAAUGGUGCCCCAGAAUCUGCCAUCCCUGAAGGGAUGUAUUCAGUUUAAGUGGGUGCUGGAUUGGUCAACGAUUCAGGUCUGUAGAAAUGGCAUCAGAGAGAAGGGUCGUGGGGGUACCAGUUUGUAUCUCCUCGUGUUGAGGUCUGAAUUAGUUGAGUCCUACUCCUCCCCUGAACAAUUCCCUGCCAGGAGUUCCGGUAUAUUUUAUUUUUUGAUGCAAGUGAGGAAAUCACUGUCAUGUGAAGGGAAAAAAAAAUACCUGCAGUGUCACUGUCAGGCUAAUUGCGAGGCAUUGCAAGAUAUCAGUCCUUUACUUGCCUUGUUGCUUUUUGUAGGAAAAGCAGCAAGAGGGUAACCAGAAUUACUUGAUCAAUGUAUGGGGUUUCUUGAACCACUGGAGCUAGAAGCAGAUGUUAUCUACUAUAUUUUCAUUUUGUGGAGCAGUGGGAUAGCAUACUAAGAUCUAGCGUUUUCUUAUGUUGCUAUAUUUUUCCGACUUAGACAGCAGUCUUGGACUGAAUAUUGCAAGUCCCAGACUUUGGACCAGCAUUGAGUUUCAGUUAGACAGUGUAGAGAAAAGUCACCUAAUGUUGGGGCGCAAACUGCUCAUUGUCUUGUCCCUGUCCACCCCAUGAAAGCUCAACCAUGAACACUAGAAUGACUUGAGGAGUCAGAUUAGUGAUGUCCCGAACCGUAGAAGCUGUGAUGGCCAAGAAUGAGCGGAUUCUUUCAGUGAGAAGGUAAAAUGUUAAGGAAUGUACAUAAAUAUUGCUGUGAAGCUGAAGUUAAAUGUUUAAUAUAUUUAAGAGGUUUAAAGAGAUGUGGCUAGAGUUCUGUUUGUUAACACAUAUUUUCCAUAUAUUUUUUAUAAAGAGGGCUUGUCUAUUGAAAAAAUUGCAAUUUUUUGUCUUACUGAGCUAUUGAGAUUAUCCUACAAAGACAGGAUUUGUAGAAGAUACCUAAGCCAGCAGUCAUUCAAGAUGUGUAGGAAGAUUUGGUUAUCCUGUUCAGUGAAAGAGAGUGAAAGUGCGUCUGGGGUUUUAUCAAAGAGCAAAAACAAGUUUCAUUUUACAUGAUUCAUGUUUCAAGCCACGUUAAGUUUGUUUGAACCACAGUAAAAGGUAUAGUAUGAAAGAGUUUUGAUAAUCCAUCAGCAUAUCACCCCCUCCACAUACACACAUGCACACUGUAUAGUGUCCUUUAUAUGACAGUUUCUCUGUUUCUUGUAUGUUGGCAUUGUUAAUCCACAAGUGUUUAAUAUUAAAGGUGUCUAUUUUUGAAGUCCUCA